CAGGACUUUUAUUUUGGUGUGGCGACAUGAUGUCAUAAGACUGCGCCGCGCUCCUGCAUCUGUGAUUCUGAUGAAAAAAGAGUGUCCAAACACACAGAAAAACUCCUGGUGAAGCAACUGAGUUUCACACUAUUAUAAAGAUGGCGUUUAUUAAAGAGGAGAUUGAAGACAUGAAGAUUGAAGAAGCGUCCCGAGUCAAACAGGAAGACGACGAGGAACAAACAGACCUGAUGGUGCUGAAAGAGGAGAGUCAAGAACUGAAUGAAAUGGAAGAGAAAAAUCAGUAUGAGAAAUGUCACGAUUUCAUGACUGGGAAAAAAUCGUUUAGUUACUCACAGACUCAUAAAACAGAACCUAGAAACCUUAAAGUCCAGAUGAGUGUUCACACUGAAGAGGGCCAUUUCACCUGCCAACAUUGUGGAAAGGCUUUCAAUCGAAAAAAAAGCCUAAAGUACCACUUGAGAAUCCACAGUGGAAAGAAGCCGUUCAUAUGCCCUCAGUGUGGACUGGGAUUUAGACAGAAAUACAACCUUACAGCCCACUCGAGAGUUCACACUGGAGAGAAGCCGUUCAUAUGCUCUCAGUGUGGGAAGAGCUUCUCACAAAACGGUCAUCUGAAGAAUCACUUGAAAAUCCACACCGGAGAGAAGCCUUACGCCUGCCCUCAGUGUGGGAAUCAAUUCUCACUAAAAGGAAAUCUUAAGAUUCACAUGAGAAUUCACACUGGAGAAAAACCGUUUACAUGCACUCAGUGUGAAAAAGGUUUCAAACAGAAAAAAGAACUUAAUGUCCAUAUGAGAGUUCACACUGGAGAGAAGCCAUAUGCUUGUGACCAGUGUGAAAAAAGUUAUAGAUAUAAAUUUCACCUUGAUCUCCACAAGAGGACGCACUCAGGAGAGAACCGUUUUAUAUGUCAAGACUGUGGAAAGAGUUUCAUACAUAGAACAAACUUUGAGAAUCACAUGAGAACUCACACUGGAGAGAAGCCGUUCGUAUGCUCUCAGUGUGGAAAGAGCUUCACAAUAAAAGGAAACCUUAAGAUUCACAUGGGAAUUCACACUGGAGAAAAGCCUUACAAGUGUCAUCAGUGCGACAUGUGUUUCACAUAUCACACAAACAUGAAACGGCAUUUGAAAACUCAUUGUAGAAAGUGACUGACAAGAAGAUGAAAAGCCGACAUUUCAGCAAUCAUCUGUACAUUCACUCUGGAGAAAAGCAAUUCAGUUGUGAUCAGUGUAAUCAUGACACUAAGAAAUACAUAUAAAAAGUCAUGUAAAUGAGAGACUGUUUGAGUUCUUUGUUACAGAAUACCCUUUAAAAAUACAAGUUUAUUCAAGUGUAAUAUUAGUAUACUUCUUUUAAACUAAAAAUAAAUAAGUAUACUUUAAUUAGGAAGUCUACACAUGCGGAAGCAAUCGAAGGAAGUAAUUUAAAGGCAGGAACACACCAAGCUGACGCCGACGAACUAGUUGCAACGAAACCAGACUGAGAGAUUGGCUCAC